GAAUCCGAUUUGAACCACAAAGGUCAACUCUACACACCCAGUUUUCUUUAUUUUCUCCUCUUGCACGUUCUUCUCUCACUAUUUCAAGUCCCAAGUCUUUGCUUUUUCUUUUUUCUUUUUCUUUCUCUUGAGCCUUGUUCUUGUGUUGCAACUGCUAAUUUUAACUUCCACAACUCCCCUAGGCCCACAUGGCAAAACCAAGAUUCGACAUUAUUGGUUCCCUUUUCUUGCGUUCCUUAAUCAAUCAUCAUCAUCAUCGUCUCCUUUUCCAUUAUAAAACCCUUCUUUAGAAAGGUUUCUCAAGCCCUGCAGGUGCCAUAACAUUUUACUGCUACCACUACCUUGCUAGCAAGCUACCGUCUUGGUUAAUUCUCUCCUCAUUUAUUUUUGUCCCGAGAGAUUCUGAUAUAUGGAAAACUCUAAUAAUUAUACGUCCAUUAAUAAAGCUGUUGUUGGUUCAAAAGAAACAACAGUCUCUGAUCCUGCUGAGGAGAGUGGUUGGACGUCUUAUUUUGAAGAUUUGUCUAAUCAUAAAGAAGAAGGUCAGAGUUUAUGCUCUAGUUUUGAUAGCUCCUCAAUGGUUUCUGAUGCUGCUUCUUUUCCUCCAUGGAAAUCAUCUCAAACAAAUCAUGUUGUUGCCUGCUCUUCCUUUGGGGCCUUGCCAGAAAAGUUAACUUCCAAGAAAACAAGAGCCGAAGAGAUUUCUCUUGAUGAUUCCUUGGAGGAUACUGCUAGUUCUCCUGUGAAUAGUCCCAAGGUUAGUGAUUUGAGACAGAUAGUUAUGAAUCCCAGGAAGACAAAUGAUCGAUAUUUUAACAGUUCUCUUGGUAAUAUAGAAAGCAUUGGUUUAGAGCAACAUGCAGAAGGGCUCGAGACAAGUGAAAGAUGUGAAAUGAAUUUCAGUACUGUGAAAAAUGACUGCAUAGACUUAAAGAAGAGAGGCUUGUGCUUGGUUCCUUCCUCCAUGUUAGUUAACUAUCUUGGUUAAACUCAUAUAUAUAAUCUCUCUCUCUCUCUCUCUCUAUCCCUCUCUCCCUCUCCCUCUCCCUCUCCCUCUCUCUCUCUAUAUAUAUAUAUAUAUAUCUAUGUCUCUUCCUUACAGCAGAACUAAUAAUUUUCAAGCUGUAUGAAGGGAAUUGUAGUUCAUCCAUAUAUAUAUAUAUGGAUUAUCACCAGGUGAUCUAAAUGUAUUUCUGUCUCUCGAGCUAUCUUACGCAUAAUAUCAGUGUUGUAUAUAUUCAAAUCCA